AAAAUAUAACAAAGACAGAAGAAGGCUUGGAGUGAAAGCCAACUUUUUUCUAUUGAAGAAGCAAAGCAUCUCAUUUUGCACCGCCCUUUAAUCCUCCUUGAAACUCCUAACUUUUCAGCUAAAUUCUCUGCUAUAUUAAUAAGUUUCUGUAAUUGGGUUUUGUUCUUAUCAUGUUCUGCAACUUCUCCAUUAAUGCCUGGACAAUGCAUGCAUUGUAUCUGAGCCGCACCAGCGGUUUCAGCUAAGUUUUAGGAGUAUCCUUUACUGAGUGCUUUUUCCUCUACCCUUUCCUUCCUUCAAUUUUGAGCUCUUCAGGGAUUUGGGUAUUGAGUAUUUACUGGUUUCUCCACAUUCCUUUGCUUUUUGGGUGAUUGGUUGUCUGGGUAAUGGAGAUUCUUUGAUAAAAACAGGGAGCUGUAGGAGGAGCUUAAAGUUUUCUUCUUUAUUUUUGGCAUUUGGGUUCUUGAGUGUGAUCAACACAACCCAUUUGAAUUGGGAAGUUUUUACUGAAAUUAUUUUCAGAAAACUGUAGAAAUAUAUACUUCUUUUUUUGGAUUCUGUUUUUUGUUUUGGGAAAUGUUAACAUGUGAUGUUUUCUUCGGUCAUUCAUCGCAUUCUUUUGCUUUACAUUGAGAAGAUUUCAUAGAUAAAAUAAUUUGUAGCACCUCAGUCAUUCGGAGUCCUUAUUUUCUCUUUGGAAAAUUUGCAAAUGGCAUGAGAAAGUGAAAAAAAAUUUAAAAAAUUUUUGCAAGUUCAAGAAUUCUGAUUAUUUGGGUACCUUCAAAUGUAAUGGAUUUCUACAAAAGUGAUUUUUUUUUAAUGAAAACAUUUAUACAGGCACAAAGGACAGGCUUCACAGAUUUUAGUGCAUGAAAUUUACUGCAUAACCAGGGGCACAUUACCACUCCAACUAUGUUUUAAAGUAUUCAGAGAAUUUGGCAUUGUUUGCACAAACGAUUCGAUUUUGGAACAGAGGAAUGUUAUGGCUCAUUAAAAAACAGGUAUCACCAAAUAUAAAGGGAAAUUUUAAUUGAGAUUGUUGAUGAUCACAAUGAAUUACAGCACAGCAUCUUUGAAAGCUGCUUGGACACCUGUUCUGAAAGAAGAAACAGCCACUUUGGGGUAUUGGUUGCACUGGCAAGUCUAUGUUUGUGUAAUUAUGAUCCUUUUUGUAAUGGCCAUUUCUGCAUAUAUAAUAUGGAAGUAUGAAGAUUUCAGUGCUAGUGAAUGUAUAGGCAGUGAGUUGAGGCCACAAUCAUUGCAUUCUCUUUACGAGGACGAAUCAUGGAGGCCAUGUCUCAAAGAGAUUCAUCCUGCCUGGUUGAUGGCCUAUCGCAUGUGCUCAUUCAUUGUUAUGUUGGCUGUGCUCACAACCAAUGCCAUUUUCGAUGGAAUCGAAAUAUUUUACUUCUAUACUCAGUGGACAUUUGCUUUAGUUACAAUCUAUUUUGGGAUUGGUUCAUUGUUAUCCAUGUAUGGAUGCUAUCGAUAUCUAAAUCGGGUUGCUGGUGAUAGGGAUAAUCUUCAAAAGUUAGACACAGAACAAGGUACAUAUGUGGCUCCAACACUUGAAGAGACCACAAAUGUGCGCACAUCUAAAAGGUAUACCUUUCAAGGAGAUCAAUAUGAUCGUCAAAAAGCUGGGAUUUAUGGAUAUAUCUUUCAAAUUGUAUAUCAGACAACUGCAGGUGCUGUAAUAUUCACCGACUGUGUCUUUUGGUUCAUCAUUGUUCCCUUCCUUACUAACAAGGAUUACAAUGUGAGGCCAAUAUUGAUCGGGAUGCAUUCAAUAAAUUUUGUACUUCUCCUUGUUGACACUUUUUUGAACUCCUUGAGAUUCCCAUGGUUCCGGAUCUCAUAUUUCAUCUUGUGGACAGCCACGUUUGUCAUCUUCCAAUGGGUUUUACAUGCUUGCGUGUCACUUUGGUGGCCUUAUGACUUUCUUGAUCUGUCAACCCCUUUUGCUCCACUAUGGUACUUCCUACUCACAGUGAUGCACCUACCAUGCUAUGCUUUGUUUUAUUACAUGGUAAGGUUGAAGAAAUUCUUGUUAUUGAGAUGGUUUCCUCAGUCAUAUCAGUGUGCAGUAUGAUGCGAGGGAAUUGAGGAAAAUGACCCAUGAAGUGUCUAUUCGCUUUCAGCAUCAGAAAUAGCUAACCAAAUGUAGAGAUUUAAGGAUUCCUGGUAACGAAGUCAUAAUUUUCUUCCGAAAAGAAGAGAACACCGCAACAUUGAUAAUCUUUCAACUGUCGAGGAAAUCCAAAGGAAAUUUACUCUCGAUUUCAUAUUGCAGCAUGGCUAUGUGAGAAUUUUAUUGGAGCGGAGUAUCCAGGAUUUCAGCAGCAAAAUAAAAGGUUCUAGGAAUGGUGGAAACCCAGAAUUUGGCCUUUCGGGGAAAGGAUGAUGUAUAACUAUUCUUUUUUUUAGUAGACAGUGUUUGAUUAUCAAACUUCAUUGCUGUGUUUCUUCACUGAUGAUUUAUUGUUUGAAAUGAUCUUUUGAGAGUCGUGGGGUAUUGAUUUCUGUUCAAAGUGAGAAUGGAGGUCUGCUUGGCAGUUGAAUAUCUAAUCUUUGAUAUAUAUACUGUUGAGUCAGAAAGUUUUAUGUGAUC